AAUUGCGCAAUGAGGUCAUGAAGGUUAAGGCAUGUAAGACAUGUAAGACAAGAUCACCAUUGUUUUUACAUGUUUUAAGCAGUUAAAUUGUCAAUGUUUGACCGCGACGCAUCAAAUACUGCGAGGGGUUGUGAAUCUGAAAUUAGUAUAUGAUAUUUCGGACAGUCGGGCAAGUAAAUGGUGAAAGUAAACUGCGUUGGGUCGAAAUCACAAUGAGCCAUCAAGUGUUCUGUGUGAAAAGUGACUGUGGAAAGCCAAGUGGUAUCCUUCAGAAAGCAUUCAAGGCUCUUGCUGACUCCGACCUCGCCCCUGAAUGGAUUGAGGCUGCAGAAUGUCUUAAGUUGACAGAAAAGAGGUCACAAGUGGCUUUCAUUGCAGAUCCCUUUGAAGGUGCUGCAUUUGACCAUCUCAGUGACUUACAUAACAGAAUCUAUGGCCCGCCAUGCAUCCUGGAGUGUCUGCAGAAAGCAGAGGCAUUACCUAAAGCAAGCCAUCCAAUCUACUCAGUGACGAUGAAGGGUCUGAGAAUAUGUUGUACUGGAGUUGACACUCCCAGGAAGAACAACAUAGAAAAGUGUGUGAAGUAUAUGGCAGGCCAGUUCGAUAGUGUUUUCACGGAGGCAGUCAGUCAUCUCGUAGCGGGUAAAAUUGGUUCAAAGAAAUACUUGGUUGCAGGUAAUCUGCAGGUGAAGAUAAUGGCACCAGAGUGGGUGGAUGCUGUCUGGGAGGCUUGCUCAAAGAGGAGCAUAAGCAUAGAUGAUGAUGAAUUUACUCGGCUGCGCUGCCCGAUAUUUAAGAAUGUUGUUCUGACGGUUUCUGGCUUAGAUGCCCAUGAGAGACAAGAGGUGAAGAUAGCUGUUCAAAGGGAAGGUGGUUGUUACACUGGUGAAAUGAAAGUCAACGACUGCACCCAUCUCCUCAUCAAAGAGCCGAAAGGCCAAAAAUAUGAAUUUGCCCGGAAGUGGAAGAUCCAAAUUGUCGAUCCUAAAUGGUUGCGUGAUUCAAUAGAGCGGGGAUAUUGCCUGGACGAAGCACUUUAUCCGGUGAAGUUGGGCAAGAAGACGUCCACACCAUCAAAGGACAAGAAGACAUCUCUGGCCUGCUUCGAUACAACAUCAAACCUGAGCUCCAUACAUAACUUCUCCUCAAUGUCAUCGAUCACAACCCUCGAUGAGACAGCACAGGCAAAGAUACCAAGCGGUCCCUUUGAUAGUUUAGAAACAUCCGUUUUCAAAGGAGACAUGUUCUUAGAUGGUUGCAAGAUUUUCCUGAGCGGAUUCAACAGUGUCGAAUUAGAGAAGUUACGUAAGGUAAUCAACCUUGGUGGUGGGACGAGGUUUAGUCAGAUCAAUGAAAGUGUCUCGCACGUUGUGAUCGGUGAAAGGGAUAAGGAACAUAUCCAACAGCUAAAGGCAGCACCUUUCAGACCACAUGUGGUUAAAGCCGCAUGGUUGAUCGAGAGUUUCCAGAAGGGUGAACUUCUGCCCGAAACGAACUACCUCUGCUUGGACUUGCCACCAGUUAUCAACCCACUGUCACCUCCUCCCAAAAGCAGGAAGGGAUCUUUUGUAAAGCCAGCACAAGUCAGGACUGAGAAGCCUGCUGCCAUAUCAAAGCCACCACCAGCCUCGGAGAUGGGUUUGGAAGAUGACAUGCAACAACUUCUGGUCCAGUACAUGCCCAAAGGGGAUGCUACUCACGAUGGUGAUGUCACUCAAGAUCCAGAUGUAACAUGUGAACCACAAGCAGAAGAGGAGGAAAGCCUCAUAUUCAAGGGCCUUCUCUUCACCAUCCUAGGCUUUGCUUCAGAGCAAGAAAAUGAAUUGGUUGAGUACGUCCAUGAAGGUGGAGGCAGUGUUGGGCUGCCGAGAAGCCGGGCUGUGCCAGACUAUGGAAUUGUUCCGGUGUUUGGGUGUCCUGUCAAUAUUACUGUCAAGGAGGUGGUCACCAAUAUAUGGCUGCAAAUGUGUAUUGAAGAAGAUACAUUGGUGCCUGUUAGUGGUGAGGUGUUAUUUCAACCAGUGCCUCGAGCCCCUGAUGCUACACCUCUGAUGGGAUGUGUGAUGUCCAUCAGCAGUUUUAGUGGUGUUCUUCGCGACUGCCUCCUCCAUAUCGCCGAGGAGCUCGGUGCUUGUGUGCGGGAAUAUUUCAACAAGAAAUCUGUGAAAGGCAAGAAGGGGAGCACACAUCUUCUCAUUGGCGUCCCGGAGGGAUUAGAGGGACAGAAGUACCAGGCAGCUAUUAAGUGGGGCGUACCUGUUGUAACAAAAGAGUGGUUAUUAGAGUGUUGUCGGACAGGCAAGAAAGUGCCUGAAGAACAGUUUUCCCCUGCAGCGGUAAUGGCUAUAAAGGAAGAGGCCAGAUCUAGAUCAGAACAUUCAGAGGAAAGGCGAUUAUCAGAAGUUACUCGGACUGUUACAAACAAAAAAGAGGAGCAAAACCAAUCGAGGAAUAAAUCUGUAAUAAAUGCUGGCUCAUCUUCCCCUGCCACAACUCCUAUCACCCAAGUCGAGGUGAAAAAGGUAGAAAAGCAGCCGAUUCCAUCCACAAGUGGAUCUGAAGUGCUUGUAACACCAGUUAGACCCAAAAGACAAUCAUUACAUACAGGAGCAGAUGCGACGCUCUCUUCUCCUCUCGGACACUCAACCCCACAAGCUGGACCAAGUAAGGAUUCUCCUGCUCCGACUUUCAAGACGCCUGUUGGGACUGGGAGGAAGAGUAUAGCGACACCGAAAUCCCUGGCCAAUCUAAGAGUGAAGCAACUACAGGACGAGAGCAUGUCUGACAGUAAGAUAACCCAACUGAGCCCGCAUUCCCGAGGCAUCGAUUCACCAUCAAAGUUCCUUGACCCAAAUGUAGCCUGGCAGCCUUCCUUUGACUUGACUGAUAUCUUGGCCGGUUUAGCAACUCCUGAAGGUCAGGUUCAGCGCAGUGAGAGUGAGAGUGAACAAAAGGAACGUCGCAAUUCCAGUAUGGACCUCGAUGAGUUGUUCAGUUAUCAUUUGGCACUUGGAGUUAAAAAUAUGAUGGCACAGACGUCUUUUGGGGAAGGCACAAAAGACGAUGAUGGCGAAGAAGAGGAGAAAAAAGAUGAAAAGGUUGAUCAUGGCGGUGGAGGUGACUCUGAUUCCAAACCCCUCAGUGGUGUUGUGUUAGGUGUGAGUAAGAAGCUUAACGCCCGACAAGGGGAAUUGAACAACCUGGCCGCCUCGUUGGGUGCAGACUAUCGGUGGUGCUACGAUCAGUCAUGCACUCACUUCAUCUUCCAAGGCAGAAGUAACGACAACUCAAAGGAGUAUAAGCUUGCGAAAGAACAAAAGAAGUACAUCGUUUCUCCACACUGGUUAACCAUGUGCCUAGAGCAGAAUGCCAGAGUUGAUGAGAGCCUUUUUCCGCACAAUUAUAAUCCGAACAUGUCCUUGCUGGUAGUGUCAACCAAGGGAGACACUCCUUCAAAGGGAACGCGGCGGUCAACCCGUCACACCGCCAAACCACAGAUUCCAACCACAGCCACAUUGACACCUAAAGGAGCAAGUCGCUCAAAGUCUCAGUCAACAUCCGAUGAGGAAGAUUUGGAGGAUACAAACGUUGAUGCUCAUGGCAGACGGCAAAGUGAUGAGGAGCGGAGAGUUCCUGAUCCUGAAAAAGGGGAUGAAGAUAAGGAAAACAUGUCUAACUCUGACAAUCAGAAGAAAUCCGAUGGUACAGGCUCCCUGGAAAUGCAAGAGGCUGUCAGCAAGCAGUUAGAGGACUUCAUGGCUGAAAACAAAGGUCAGCGUCCUGGUAGAAGAAUGAGCAAACGAUUUAACUCCAAUGGUUCUGAAGAGAGUGUGGGUUCCUUUGAUAGUAUCGACAAGUCACGUCCACCAUCGCGGCCCAGGUCAAAGCUAGCUAUUCAAAGUGACAACAACAGCGCAAAAACGACCAGGGGAAGUUCUGGGAGCUCUAAAACUCCGGAGCCGGAAUGUUCACAGCAUGUUGAAGUGACGUGGGAUGAUCCGAUGGGGAGACAAGAGCAGGAGAGGCUAGCCAGCGUGUUACACAAGCCGUACAGCCCGACCCAGGAAUCAUUGAGUCCCGUCCCUCCUGGUUGCGGAGAGGAUCAUGCCAACACAUCAGAGAGAGUCGACUAUUCAAGUGUCAUGACGUUGAAGAAUUUUGGGCCUGUUAAUUCUCCACAGCCUGACUUCAAACCUCCACCAACACCUGAAGCUCCUCCUCUUGCAUUCCCCCGACCCAAACCUCCAGCCACGGCAGCGCCCCCUGAAGCUAUUAUUGCCCUCGACGAUGAACGGAUGAAAGGGCCACCAAAGUUCCUCUUCUCUGGAAUAGAUCCUUCAGAGCGUACCACGUACGGUGCCCUCGUCGAGCAGCUAGGUGGACAGGUACAUGAUGGCCAGUUCUUUGACAAGUCAUGUACACACCUGGUUGCGGGGAAUUGUUCGAGGAAUGAGAAGUAUUUGGCAAGUGUAGCUGCUGGAAAGUGGAUUCUACAUAAGUCAUAUCUUGAGGCUUGUAGGGAGGCUGGGGAGUUGGUGAAGGAGGACGAUCACGAGUGGGGCAGCGAUUCCACUGCUGCCAUGAAGAAUCUAACAACACAGAAUUUGAACUUAGCUCGUGCUGCCAAAAGGUGGCGUGUCAAGCUUCAAACAGAAAGAGCGCAUGAUCCGCAGUGGGUAGGUGCGUUCCAAGAUUGGGGUGUGAUCCUCUGCUGUGGUAAAUCUCGAGAGGGUGGUUUCAGGCGGCUUCUGGAAGCCGGUGGAGCCAAGGUGCUUUAUACGCGACCUCCGUUUACUAACCUCCAAGAUGCAAUGUAUGCUUUCAUCGACCAGACCAAGAUUGACUAUCAGAUUGACUUCCAGAGACUAGUGCAGGCUGGCGUCCAUUGUGUGAAACCAGACUACAUCUCAUCCUACCUCCAGAGUGACCCCCACCCUCGCGUCGAAGACUGCUAUCUCCCCGAAGUCCGACAAUAUCUCAUCAGUUCCUCAGGAUCAAAGAAAAGACAGUCAUCAGAUUCUGGUAGUGACGUUGGAAAGAGAGCCAGGCGGGAAUGAACAAUCAUAAACACAUCUAAGGUGAUGUAAGUGUCCUUGGAAAUGCCACUGCUCUGGAGAAUGGUGUGUAAAGGAAUCGAUUUCGAGGAUGAAUGAUGACAUUGCUGAUCCCUUCGAGGUAAAAACUGCAUUUAUCUCUAUAUAAACUUCAUGGAUAUGUUACAGUUGAAGUUUAAACAUUGUGUGACUUCAUGGAGAUGGUCCAGUUAAGUUCAAACAUUUUGUGACCAUGUGGAUGUGACUGUGAAAGGAAUAGUCAUCACUUGUGCAUGACUCGUGAGGACAAGCCUUGUCUUGUCAAAUUGAACUUUCGGGUUUCCUGAUCUCCGAGCUGUACCACUAGUGUUUUUGCUGGUCUGCAGUAAAGGUACAUUUGUUCUGAUCAACAGUUAAGCUGCACACUUUGAUGGUUAGCAUUAUCUGAAUAUGGUGUGAAUACGUUUUAUAUGAAGUCAAAUAAAUGGACAUCAGUUACUUAUUUAUUGUAUUAUGGGA